AUGGCUAUACGCCAGAUUCUCUUUAAGCGUGUCAGUUCUAAGUCUGUACAGAAUUUGCUUUCAUAUAUCAGCCGUAGCCCUUUUUGCAAGGGGACUGUCAUUAGAAUCUACCUCGUCCUUCCCACGCCCUUUGUCAUCCAUCUCCGGCUCAGCCUUCACUACGUCUUGGGUGAUCCUUACCUUGUACAGCCGUCUGUGCUGACCUGCAUGCUUUCAGUCGACCGUUUGGCAAGAAUCUACAAGUGCUGUUUGCAAGUGCCACGUUCUGCAACACUCUCAUUGUCUGUCAGUCACACAGUCGGAGACACCGACCGCGGUAACCUGGGCGCCUCUUAA